AUGAGGAUUCUGGAACUUGCGUUUCUCGCCCAAAUUAUCCAAGCUCAGCACUUUUACGGCGAUCAGAUUCGCCAACGGGAUUACAAAUCAUCAAAAUAUCAGGUCUGUAAUGUAAUUACUUGUAGCUCUUGAUCCCCCAAAAUGAAAUCUUUGGUCUUCAGAAUCCACAAGUUUAUGAUUUUGAGCUUUUGAAUCGUCGGCCAGAGUCCAGUUCCGAGUUCCCUUUAAAUCCUCAAUCCCAAGAGGAUGAUGAUUCUGAACCUGGGAUCGAUUACAAUUAUCGGGAAAAGUUUGUUUUACAGAGUAAAAAAAAUAAAAACCGGCCUGAAAUUGACACGGAUGAGAAGAAUGCAGUGAUGUCAACGGCAAGAAAGUGAGUUUUCCUUCUGUAAAGAGCUCUGUAGAUUAGUCAGAAGUAUUAUUACAGUAUUCCAGACAUUACAGUGGCUCCGAUCAACAUUCAGUUCGUUCGAAUGUCGACAAACGGAACGUUGAAAAGCCCAAAUCACAGUCAGGGGAUAAAAAAAAUACUUCUAAACCCUCAAAAGACCCUCAGAAAGAUAGUCAUCCGAAAACGGAGAUGGUUAUACGCGAGACGGUUACUCAACGUAAGUUUUGAUGUAAUCGUUUCGAAAUAGAUUUUUAGGGAACGGUCCAUUAUUAAAAGAUAACAUAAAGGGCAGGUUUCUGCAAUCCUUGCAAAUAUCCUCAACAGCCCUGUUUCUUUAUAAAAAUAUUUCACGUAUAUAUUUACUUUUUUAAGUCGUACUGUUAAAAAGUAAUUUUUGGAUUUUUUUCUAAAAAUACUUGAUUUAGGGGUUUCCAAUGGUGCUGUUUUCAAAAAUGACAUUCAUUUUUUUUAUAAAAGUGUAAUUUUGAGAAACCGUUGUAAGUUUGAUAAUUUUUAUUAUAUUUUGACUUGACACGAAAAUAUUGGAUGCUACAUAGUAUAAUAUAAUAAAUUGGAACGGAAAUCACUAAGGCUGUCUUAAACACCCCCGUACAUGUACGGCCGUUACUUUUUAACAGUACUACUUAAGAGAAACAGUAAAACACACAUAAAAUACACAUUUUUUACGAAGAUACAGGGGUGCUGCCGAUAAUGGUUUUAACAGACGGACACGAUUUUUAGGUCCUCCCGAGCUUACAACUGCGGAAUCCGAGCGUUCGACUCCGUCUGAAUCUUCUCCAACCGUAACAAUAGCGGAAAAUGAAACAACGAUGGGCACAACAACCAUUAGUCAUACUCGUUACAUCUUGAGCACUACACAGUCGGAUCUUGAAGAGUAAAUUUUUAUGUACUUGAAUUUACAGUUAGUAUAGCAGUUUCUGACGAUUUUCUUUUUUUUCAGGAUGUCUGAGGGUUAUGAUUCGACCGGAAAAACCGUCAUGGGAAUCUCGGGAUUCCUUGGCUUUCUCAAUUUGGUUAUGAUAGUUCUGUGGAUAUUUUUGUGCAUAAAGAAGAGACGGUUUAGAAAAGGGAACCCAAGUGAGUAAAGUUAUUCAAAAGAAAUGUUUACAGCUUCAUCCCAAAUCUCGAAAUCUUCCAAAUCUCUUAAAUCAGCAAAGAACUCAAAGGGCAGAAAGAGCUCAAAGCCCUCAUCAAAUAGUUUGAGUUCCAGAGGCAGCAAGAGAAAAGGAGGAGGAACUGAUAUUUGGAUGGUAUGAUACGAUAGAUCAUCUACGCAUUUUAGGGAAAUAACGGAAACCAAGAAGGCUACUACUAUCACUAUAACCCGAAUUAUGACUAUUGGGAGGCAUCAACCCUUGAGAGAACUGGAACUGUUUCUAUUACCGAGUAG